AUGAAGCAGAAACGAGAACACGCGUGGCAAAGAUGGAAGACGGAGUACGUACAUAGUUUGAUGGAACAUCAUCGAGUGAUUAAAGGGGGAAAUGCGUGUCCAGAAGUGGGAGAAAUGAUGUUGGUGGUCGGUGAGGAAAAGAAUCGAGCUGAAUGCAAACGGGGAAAAGUUGUUGAGCUAAUCAAGGGCAAGGACAACGUU